AGAAUGUUGAUCACCAGCCAGACGAUGAGAGACGUCCUGAAGAGAAAGUCUACAGAUGAAGAUCUUCCCUCCUCCUCCUCCUCCUCUCCUCCAUCCUCCCUCUCCUCCCCCGCCUCCUCAGAGUGGGAGUCAGAUGGAGAGAGCUCCUCCUCCUCCUCCUCCUCCUCCUCCUCAGACCACCAGGAGUUCACCCCCCACAGUCCUCCUUCACACACCAGUCCUCCCACUGUUCGCUCCAUCCUGAAGAGACAGAAGCUGUCUGGAGCUCCGGGCAGCGUUCGCUUCGACCAGGUGACGGUGUUCAGCUUCCCGCGCUGCCAGGGCUUCAGCAGCGUGCCCAGCCGAGGAGGCUCCACGCUGGGCAUGGUGCAGAGACACAGCAGCCUGCAGAGCUUCAGCCUGGCCCAGCACGCUCUGCAGAGACGACAGGGACGCAGAGAGAAGCUCCGAGAGCGACGGAGGAGAGAGAAACUAACGGCUCUGAGACACAACCUGGUCUCCAGUGGGGCCGUGGACCAGAGACAGGCAGACCGGCUCACCGUGGACCAGAUCCCCGAUGAAGACGUCCACAUCAGUGACUCUGAGCUGGAGGAUGGAAGCUUCCUGCAGCCGUUCUCCUCCAGGCAGCGCCAGGCGCUGCUGCAGGCGGCGGGGGUGAAGCGGGUGGAGCGGGAGGAGAAGAGGCAGCUCCAGGAGCUCAGACUCUCCAGGGAGGCCUGUGGCUGCGACUGUCCAGGCUUCUGUGAGCCGGAGACCUGCGCCUGCAGCCUGGCAGGCAUCAAGUGCCAGGUGGACCGCUUCAGCUUCCCGUGCGGCUGCACCAAGGACGGCUGUGGGAACACUCAGGGACGCAUCGAGUUCAACUCCAGACGAGUUCAGACUCACUACAUCCACACCGUCAUGAAGCUGGAGCUGGAGAGGAGACUGCAGCUGGAGACGCUGAGCGAGGAGGACCAGACGGACCAGACGGGACUCCCCGAGGACCUGGAGGAGUUCCCAGUGGAGCGGGAGGAGACCCAGAGGGCCGAGGACAGGAGCUGCCCAUUCGGCUUCUCCCUGGAGGAGGACGGCCUCCCUCUCACCAUGCCCGCCACGCCUUCAUUCCACUUCAGCCCGGAGCGCUUUGUGGCGGAGGAGGAGGAGAGCAGCUGCAGCAGCGACAUGACCGACUCCUGCUGCUCCUCCUCCGACUCUGAAGGAUGCCAGAGUCUCCCUGACGUCUCCUUGUCUCGUGCUCUCAGCAUCUGCAACUCUGAAAACAACAACUUCUCUACCUGCAGGCACAUAGAGGAACCGCUGACUCAGCACAUCUCUGCAGGUGACACAUUCUCAGACAAUCUCAGCAGGAGCUCUCUGACGGAUUACCUCGACGAGAACGCAAACCAGGCCAGAGAUUUGUUGGACAACGAGUCUCUGGAGGACUUCCCCAACACUCCGUCUCCCUCCGUCGACUACUUCUCCGGCAGGUACAUGGACCUGAGUCUGUCCUCGGACUCCGACAUCGAGUUCUUCGACAGCGACUACACCUCCGGACCUCUGCACAGCUCCUUCAAACUACACCGACACCCGGAGAGCCUCCGCCACCUGCAGCUCUUCAGCUCCGUCAGUAGUUUACCUCAAUACGAGUCGAGCACCUUCCUCCUGGAGUCUCUGAUCGGCCUGACGGAGCCGAACCCCGAGCAGAGCUACGCUUUCAGCAGCACCCAGAAUCUCCUAUAGCACCCAGAAUCUUCUAUAGCACCCAGAAUCUUCUAGAGCAGUGGUUCCCAACCUUUUCCUUGAGGGACCCACAUUUUUACCAUUGUAAACUUUGGCGACCCCCCCAUCGUCCAUUGCUUCUAUGAAGCCGAACUCAGUGUAACUUUCAUGGUACCCUCUCUUUUUCUUUUUGAGAUAUUCAGCAUUUUCGUCUCCCUGACACUUUGACAUUUUUCCAUUAGCUCUGUGUUUCUGUUGUUAGGUGAGGUUACCGCUAGGUGAGGUUACCGCAAGGUGAGGUAACCUCGAGGUGGGGUUACCGCUAGGUGAAGUUACCGCAAGGCGAGAUUACCGCUAGAUGAGGUUACCGCUAGGUGAGGUUAUCGCAAGGCGAGAUUACCGCUAGAUGAGGUUACCGCUAGAUGAGGUUACCGCUAGGCGAGAUUACCGCAAGGUGAGGUAACCUCUAGGUGGGGUUACCGCUAGGUGAGGUUACCUCUAGAUGAGGUUACCGCUAGGUGAGGUUACCGCUAGGUGAGGUUACCGCCAGGUGAGGUCACCGCCAGGUGAGGUUACCGCUAGGUGAGGUUACCUCUAGAUGAGGUUACCGCUAGGUGACGUUAUCACUAGGUAAGGUUAC